AGAAAGUGACACCUUCAAUCACCCGAUCAGAGACAGAUCUGCGCUGGCCUCACCAGCUGAGCUCCGGCAGCGCCGACAGAGGGCAGCGCCGGGCGGGGCACCGCAUCGGAAAUGUUGGCUGCCGGCGGAGCACGCCGCCAGCACGCCCUGAGCCCGGCAUCGGCCAGGAAACCAAUCGCACUAUUCUCCCUUUGCCGUCACAGAACACCUUCCAUUGAAUUCACUACCGGGGCACUCGCGCGUCCUCGUUCCAGCCUCCGCCCCGGCCCCGCCCGCCCCCGACGGUCCCAGGCCGGGGCGGGCACUGCCGGCGCUUCCUCCGCGGGGCUUGUGGGUGGUCGGGUUCGCCAUGGGGCAGUGCCUGCCCUGCAUGGGGGGCGCCGUCAAGGACGUGGUCGAGACGCCCGACCCGGAAAUAAAAAGAAGACAACUAGCAGAAGCCGCUGAAAAGAGGCAGAUGGAGGCUUCCUCUCGAGGUAUUAAGAAUGCUUACUCUGUAGAGCAGAAGAAAAAGAAACAGGAAGAAAUAGAAAGAAGAACUGCAGCUUCACGUCCUGGAGGAGAAGGAGGCUUGAGAUGGCAGGUUGGAUAACACAUGACUUCUGAAGAGAAGAUGAUUGAUACUUACUGCCAGUAACUUGUCAGUUUCUGCAGCCAAGUGGCACUUACCAUGUGCUGUUUACCUCUGAAGACUCAGCAGUACUUUGCCAUUGUGGGACAAUGGAUGUGGAAACAUUUAACAAAGAAACUUAAGAACUAAUUCUGAACACUA